AUGACCCCGCUAAACCUGCUCACCGACGCUGACUUGCCGACGGGAGACCACCUGGACGGAGCGUCGCUCUCGCUGGCGUGGUCUAUCCCAUUCUUCUCGCUGCUGCUCUCGAUCUCGCUCCUGCCGCUCCUUGCGCCGCAUGUGUGGCACAAGCACUAUGGAGGCAUUGCGGCUGGCCAUGCCGCAGCCAUGCUCCUGCCCAUGAUGGUGUUUGAGGACACGUCGGCAGUGGUCACCGAGGUCCUCGCCGCCCUCCUCCACGAGUACAUCCCGUUCAUCGCCAUCAUCUUCGCCCUCUUUGUCACGGCCGGGGGCAUCCGCAUCACCAAUGCCGUGCCGCUGUCGGGCACUCCGUGGCAAAACGCUGCGAUUCUGCUGUUCGGGACCUCGAUCGCCAGCAUCAUCGGCACCACCGGCGCGAGCCUCCUGCUCGUCCGGCCGCUCAUGCGCGGCAAUGAGUGGCGUAGUCACAAGACACACAUAUUUGUCUACUUUAUCUUUCUCGUGGCCAACAUCGGCGGCUCGCUCUCGCCGCUCGGCGACCCGCCGCUCUUCCUCGGCUUUCUCAAGGGCGUCGACUUUCUCUGGUUCACCACCCACAUGAUCAAGCCGAUGGCGACGCUUGUGGCGCUGCUCCUGCCGGGUUUUUUCGCCAUGGACUGUUACUACUACUUCCGCAAGGAGGACCUUUCACUGGCGCCGUGGAACCGGGCAGGCGGGACGGAGGCGCGCAAGCCGCUCGCAGCUGAGCGUGGGACCGGCGGCCGCACCGAGGAGACCCCUCUGAUGGGCGCUCCGACGGACGCGGUGGCGCUUGAUCACGAUCCGGACUCGGACGACGACGUCGGCGAUGUUGCGCUCGACGAAGGCUUUGCCCACAUGCCGCCGUCAGUCCGCACCGCGGCGGCGACCGGCGACUGGUCGAACGUCCCGAUCCUCACGCGGGUGGCGGCAUCGAUCGACGGCUGGCGCAACAUCCCGCUUGUUCUUCUCGUUCCGCUCACCAUUCUCCUCACCGGCCUGUGGGAGAUCGAGAACCCGCACGUGUUUACGGUCCAUGACGUCCGCAUGGACGCUGAAGACGUGGUCCGCGACGUUGUCCUCAUCUCGAUCGGCAUUGUCUCGGUCCUCAUCACGCCGGCCUCGACCCGCAUCCUCAACGGCUUCUCGUGGUUCCCCAUCGUAGAAGUCGCCAAGCUCUUCCUCGCCAUUUUUAUCACGAUCAUCCCGGCCGUGGCCAUCCUCGAGGCCGGAACGCGCGGCGAGCUCUCGUUCAUUGUCGAGGCCGUGACUGAGAACCACGAGCCGCACAACAUGCGCUACUUUUGGUUCACCGGCGUCCUCUCCGCCUUUCUGGACAACGCGCCGACCUUUGUGAUCUUCUUCAACGUCGCUGGCGGCGACGCCGACGUCCUCAUGCACACCCUCACCACGACCCUCCUCGCCAUCUCGUGCGGCUCGGUCUUUAUGGGCGCAGGCACGCUCGUCGGCAACGCACCCAACCUCCUCGUCAAGUCGAUUGUCGAGGACCGCGGCAUCCGCAUGCCCUCGUUCCUCAUGUAUAUUGUCUGGGCCGUCCUCCUCCUCGUCCCCUCGCUCAUCAUUAUGUCGUUUAUCUUCUUCUGGUGA